AUAGCUCAACCACCGAUGACACUUACGCUCAUACGUCAAUACUGUGCUAAAGUGACACAACACCAACGUCAAAUCCUACAGUAGAUAAAAAGUAUAAUAGUAUGAUAUUAUAAAGUCGAAAUAUUCUAAAUGUAAUCUACCUAAGGCGAGAUAUUUCAAGGUACGCUAAGAAAACAGAAUAACUUUACGUUUGCUCUUUGAAUUUCGGUACAGAUUGACCCACUCUCAAUAGCCUUUUUGCCAGCACCGCACCUUCCACAUUCCUUACAAACACGUCAACCAGAGAUAGGUAUAAAGGCUCAGAAAGAAUCCGUCUGUGGUCUUCAAUUCAAAAUUUCAGAAAAUGGCAUCUGAAUUAACAGAAGAACAAAUUAAAGAUUUCAGGAAGAAGUUCAACAAGAUUGACAAGAACGGUGAUGGCAGUAUAUCUGUUCAGGAGUUGCAUGAUGUGAUGGGAGAUUUCUUCACGAAAAGUGAAAUUAAAACGAUGAUUGCUGAAGUCGAUAUUAACAAUGACGGACGUGUUCAAUUUGAAGAGUACCUAUUGUUGGCGAGGGGGAAGAAGAAGACGAAAUCAUACACCAAAAAUCAAAUCAAAGAUUAUUUCAAAUCUCUUGACAAGGAUGGCAACGGAAAAAUAUGUCGCACUGAACUCCUGAAAGGGCUCCAAGAUAUUAAUCCGAAAGUAGAGGAUGGGCUAGUCGAUAAACUGAUUGAAGAAUCUGACAAGGAUGGCGACGGCCUUAUUAACUACGAAGAAUUUUCUGAGGCGUUACUGCUUAAAAUGCCCGUGCCUAAGUGAAGAUGGUGUUUUCUAUUUCUUACUUCCACAUCUAAAACUAAAUGAAGGAGAGACUGAAUGAGUGAUAAAACCAUGCAGUAGUGACUUAAGAGGCGAAUAUUGAUAUCGUCU